GGCCCUGCCAUGGGCACGGGAUCGGCGCAGGGGGCCCGAGGCACAGCGGCGGCAGGACACGGGGGGGGGUUUCUCUUCGCCUGGAUCUUGGUCUCAUUUGCCUGUCAUCUGGCCUCCACCCAAGGAGCUCCUGAAGAUGUGGAUGUCCUCCAGCGGCUGGGCCUCAGCUGGACGAAGGCCGGGGGUGGCCGGAGCCCUGCACCCCCCGGUGUUAUUCCUUUCCCAUCUGGCUUCAUCUUCACACAGCGGGCCAGGUUGCAGGCCCCCACGGCCACAAUCCUUCCCACCGCCCUGGGCCAGGAGCUGGCGCUGGUGUUAAGCCUCUGUUCGCACCGUGUGAACCAUGCCUUCCUCUUCGCCAUCCGCAGCAGGAAGCACAGGCUGCAGCUGGGCCUGCAGUUCCUCCCCGGCAGGACACUUGUUCACUUGGGGCCUCGACAAUCUGUGGCCUUUGACCUGGAUGUGCAUGAUGGCCAUUGGCAUCACCUGGCCCUAGAGCUGCGUGGCCGCACGGUCACAUUGGUGACAGCUUGUGGGCAGCACAGGGUACCUAUCCCACUGCCUUCCCGUAGGGACUCCAUGCUUGAUCCUCAGGGCUCCUUUCUCUUGGGGAAGAUGAACCCUCGUGCUGUCCAGUUCGAAGGUGCACUCUGUCAGUUCAGCAUCCAUCCCGUAGCGCAGGUCGCUCAUAAUUACUGUGCCUACCUGAGAGAGCGGUGCCGACAGGUGGACACAUAUGGUCCCCAGGUGGGAGCCCUCUUUCCCUGGAACUCUGGUCCAGCCUUUGCCCUGCACCCUGAACCAGCCUUCCUUGGCCUGGGGAACCUGACCAGAGCCCCAGCAACCCUGAGUGCCAGGCCUGUAGUCAGGGCACCCAUGGUGACUAUGGCUCCUGCCAUGCCCACCAAGCCUCUGAGGAUUGUCCCCCCAGAUGUCCCCCAACACAGCUCUGCCCAGACCCCACCAGGACCUGCCAAACAGUCAGUCAGAAAAACAUCUUCUCCUUCUCCUUCAGCUUCUUUGGCUAGUUCCACCAGGAUUUUUCAUCCAGCUGCUGCCCAGCCACUACAGAUCACAGUUACUAGCCCCACCAAACGUCCCCCCACUAAAACUCCCCCAUCUUCCCUUUCAGUUACCCCUGUGAAAGGUCCCCAUCCAACCCAGAAAACAGCCGCCCCUUUACCCACAAAGCCUGUUGUUCUGCCUGCCCAGAAGCCGGUGACACGCACUCCCCACCUUGCACCUUCCAAAGCCUCUAGUCCCACAGGCAGGCCUGUCCAGAAGACCUUUGUGACACCCCGACCUCUAGCACCCAGUCCCCAGCCCCUGCGCCCCACUGUUGGCUUAUUGAAGAAGUCUGCUAUUCCCACAGUAGCAGAGUCUAAGUCCAAGAUAACCAGUUGGGCCAGCAAGCAGGUCCGCACCAGUGCCCCUAAAAGUCUUCAGCAAACUAUUGUGUCCCAGUCCCCUGUUCCCUACCUAGGCUCUACAAGAGCCUCUCUGACACUGGCUACAGCCCUCCCUCCACUGGGCUUUGGAAAUCCUAGAAUGGCUCCUCCCACUCAUGACUCCUCUUCAACUCCUGCUGGGAGCAAGAAAUUCAAAGGACUGGAAGCCUCCAAGAAAACCAGACCUAAGAACAGCCCCCGGAAGCCCAUACCUCUCAGGCCUGAGAAGACAGCCAGGGAUGCCCUAUCAAGAGACCUGACAACCAAGCCCAGCCAGCUGUCCACCCCCCUGGUCCUUGCUCCAGCUCACCUCCUGUCCUCCAGCCCCCGGCCCACGAGCAGCAGCUUCCCUUUCUUCCACCUGCCAGGCCCCACACCUUUCCCAAUGCUGAUGGGACCUCCAGGAUCCAAGGGAGACUGUGGCUUGCCGGGUCCCCCUGGGCUGCCAGGAUUACCUGGAUCUCCAGGUGCACGAGGUCCUCGGGGCAUGGCAGGGAUUCCUGAAGUCCAUCUACAUGAGCAGGGUCCUCCUGGGCCAUAUGGGAACCCAGGCCCACCUGGCCCUCCUGGAGCCAAAGGACAGAAAGGGGACCCAGGACUCUCACCAGGACAGGCUCAUGAUGGGGCAAAGGGUAACAUGGGCUUGCCUGGGCUCUCCGGAAAUCCAGGACCCUUGGGACGGAAGGGACACAAGGGUCAUCCUGGAGCAGCAGGGCACCCUGGAGAACAGGGCCAGCCAGGACCUGAGGGCAGUCCAGGGGCCAAAGGUUACCCUGGCAGGCAGGGGUUCCCUGGACCUGUAGGAGAUCCUGGUCCCAAAGGCAGCCGGGGUUACAUUGGACUCCCGGGGCUCUUCGGCCUGCCGGGGUCGGAUGGAGAGCGGGGCCUCCCUGGUGUUCCUGGCAAGAGGGGCGAGAUGGGUAGGCCGGGCUUCCCUGGAGAUUUUGGGGAAAGAGGCCCCCCUGGACUGGAUGGGAACCCUGGAGAAAUUGGCCUGCCAGGGCCACCAGGAGUCCCCGGCCUCAUUGGUGACAUGGGAGCACUAGGUUCCAUUGGCUACCCAGGACCCAAAGGCAUGAAGGGACUGAUGGGCGGCGUGGGGGAGCCCGGACUGAAAGGUGAUAAGGGUGAACAAGGGUUCCCAGGUGUGUCGGGAGAUCCCGGCUUCCAAGGAGACAAGGGUAGUCAGGGCUUGCCAGGGGUCCCAGGUGCCCGAGGAAAGCCAGGGCCUCUGGGCAAAGCUGGAGACAAAGGCUCACUUGGGUUUCCUGGACCUCCUGGUCCUGAGGGUUUCCCAGGAGACAUUGGCCCCCCAGGGGACAAUGGUCCUGAAGGCAUGAAGGGUAAGCCUGGAGCCCGAGGCCUGCCUGGACCUCCUGGGCAGCUGGGACCUGAGGGAGAUGAAGGACCCAUGGGGCCACCAGGAGUCCCAGGUGUGGAGGGUCAGCCUGGACGGAAGGGGUUUCCUGGGAGGCCUGGCCUGGAUGGCUCAAAGGGAGAACCAGGGGAUCCUGGACGGCCAGGGCCUGUGGGUGAACAGGGACUCAUGGGAUUCAUUGGUCUGGUUGGGGAGCCUGGAAUCGUGGGGGAGAAGGGAGACCGUGGAGUGAUGGGACCCCCAGGCGCACCUGGGCCCAAGGGGUCAAUGGGUCAUCCUGGAAUGCCAGGUGGUAUUGGGGACCCUGGAGAGCCUGGAUCCCGGGGCCCUCCAGGACCUCGAGGCCCACCAGGCAUGAGGGGAGCCAAGGGGCACCGGGGCCCUCGAGGACCUGAUGGACCAGCUGGGGAGCAGGGGUCCAAGGGCCUGAAGGGCCGUGUGGGACCUCGGGGCAGACCUGGACAGCCAGGACAGCAGGGUGCAGCUGGUGAGCGAGGCCACUCAGGUGCAAGAGGCUUCCUUGGCAUUCCUGGCCCCUCGGGCCCUCCAGGUGCCAAGGGCCUCCCAGGAGAACCGGGCUCUCAGGGACCUCAGGGGCCAGUUGGUCCUCCAGGAGAGAUGGGACCGAAGGGGCCACCGGGUGCAGUGGGAGAGCCUGGCCUUCCUGGGGACUCCGGGAUGAAGGGUGACCUUGGACCUCUGGGCCCCCCUGGGGAGCAGGGCCUCAUUGGGCAGCGGGGAGAGCCAGGCCUUGAGGGAGACCUUGGCCCCAUGGGGCCCGACGGUCUGAAGGGGGACAAAGGUGACCCAGGGCCUGAUGGUGAGCGUGGUGAGAAGGGCCAGGAGGGACUGAAAGGAGAAGAUGGGCUCCCUGGGCCCCCAGGCAUCACUGGCAUCCGGGGUCCUGAAGGAAAGCCCGGCAAGCAGGGUGAGAAGGGCCAGAUGGGAGCUAAGGGUGCCAAGGGCUACCAAGGACAGCUGGGGGAGAUGGGCACCCCUGGAGAUCCCGGGCCUCCUGGCACCCCAGGUCCUAAAGGGUCCCGGGGCACCCUAGGACCAAUGGGUGCUCCAGGACGGAUGGGAGCCCAAGGAGAGCCAGGAUUGGCUGGUUAUAAUGGACACAAAGGCAUCACAGGACCUCUUGGGCCUCCUGGGCCCAAAGGCCAGAAGGGGGAACAGGGCGAGGAUGGCAAGGCUGAGGGGCCCCCUGGGCCACCUGGAGAUCGGGGUCCUGUGGGAGAUCGAGGAGACCGUGGGGAGCCAGGUGACCCUGGAUACCCUGGUCAAGAGGGAGUUCAAGGCCUCCGUGGAAAGCCGGGCCAGCAGGGCCAGCCUGGGCAUCCAGGACCCCGGGGACAGCCAGGGCCUAAAGGAUCAAAAGGCGAAGAGGGCCCAAAGGGAAAGCCUGGCAAGACUGGCGCAUCAGGCCGGAGGGGGACUCAGGGACUGCAGGGGCUGCCAGGGCCCAGAGGCGUGGUAGGGAGACAGGGCCCUGAGGGCAUGGAUGGACCUGAUGGGACUCCUGGCAGGGAUGGCCGACCAGGAUAUCAGGGACAGCAGGGAGAUGAUGGCACCCCUGGCCCCAUAGGCCCUGCUGGGAGAAGAGGAAACCCAGGUGUGGCUGGUUUACCUGGAGCACAGGGGCCUCCAGGAUUCAAGGGUGAAAGUGGGUUACCUGGGCAACUGGGUUCCCCUGGAAAGCGAGGGACAGAAGGUGGAACAGGACUUCCGGGAAACCAGGGGGAGCCAGGAUCCAAAGGCCAACCGGGUGACUCUGGUGAGAUGGGCUUCCCAGGAGUAGCUGGCCUCUUUGGACCCAAGGGCCCCCCUGGAGACAUUGGCUUCAAAGGCAUCCAAGGCCCUCGGGGGCCUCCUGGCUUGAUGGGAAAGGAAGGUAUCAUUGGGCCCCCUGGAAUGCUAGGACCUUCUGGACUCCCGGGUCCCAAGGGUGACAGAGGCAGCCGAGGGGACUGGGGACUGCAAGGCCCAAAGGGUCCUCCUGGUCCGAGGGGGCGGCCGGGUCCACCGGGUCCUCCUUGGCAUCCUGUCCAGUUUCAGCAAGAUGACCUUGGGGCAGCUUUCCAGACAUGGAUGGAUGCUCACAGAGCAGUCAGACCAGAGCAGGGGUACAGCUAUCCGGACCAGCUGGUGCUGGACCAGGGAGGAGAGAUCUUCAAAACCUUACACUACCUCAGCAACCUCAUCCAGAGCAUUAAGACGCCCUUGGGAACCAAGGAAAAUCCAGCCCGGGUCUGCCGGGAUCUCAUGGACUGUGAGCAGAGGAUGGUGGAUGGUACCUACUGGGUGGACCCCAACCUCGGCUGCUCCUCUGACACCAUUGAAGUCUCCUGUAACUUUACACACGGUGGGCAGACGUGUCUGAAGCCCAUCACAGCCUCCAAGGUGGAGUUUGCUGUUAGCCGGGUCCAGAUGAAUUUCUUGCACCUGCUCAGUUCUGAGGGGACACAGCACAUCACAAUCCAUUGCCUGAACCUGACGGUGUGGCAGGAGGGCCCAGGGCGCCCCUCUGCCAGGCAAGCCGUGCGCUUCCGUGCCUGGAAUGGACAGGUCUUCGAAGCUGGGGGUCAGUUCAGGCCAGAGGUGUCUGUGGAUGGCUGCAAGGUCCACGAUGGCCGCUGGCACCAGACACUGUUCACCUUCCGAACCCAGGACCCACAGCAGCUGCCCAUUGUCAGCGUGGACAACCUCCCACCAGUCUCAUCAGGGAAGCAGUACCGCCUGGAAGUUGGACCUGCAUGCUUCCUCUGACCUCUGACCUCUAGGCUCCUCCAAGCCUUGUGGGGAAGGGAAGAGGCUGGGACCAGCUAGUCCCAGAUAUGGG